GAGUUCAGCGACUCUGUCAUGUGACGAUCAAGUCAUAUGACAAUUCGUCACUUUGCACUUUAAGUACCCGCGUAAAUGAGAAUAAAUUUAUUUCUCGGAACAAAUUUCUUAUUGGGGAUAUUUCUUCUGUUUCCUACUGAAGCUGUGAAGGUCGCGUUGUAACUUUGUCCGAGUAACAAGUGGAUGUUACGCAGGAUCUGUUUAGAGACACGGAGGCUGAGCACUGCAUGCUGUGCUGUGCCCGGAUAGUAGCCACUGAAAUCGGGGCGAUCAGCCCGGUGACGCCUCGUCGCCCGCCCCCCUCGGCCCCGCUGACGUCCCGGAGAGGAGGGCUUAUAAAUCGCCGACCCCCCCAUGUGCUGAGGGGAGGAUGGUAAUUAAAGUGCAGACGACCGUGGAUCGGUCUUCUGCGGAAUAGCUAGCAAAGUGCGCCCCCCAGGUCUCGUGUCAUUUGUACUGCAUAGAUAUAUCCGGAAUGGGGACCUUACCAAUGCACCCUACUGGGGCUCUUGCUCUUAUUCUAUGCGUCUCUUUUUCUCGCUGCUGAUGGAUGAACAAUGGAGAAGCCGGCUGCAGAAUUUCGUGGUGAUCCUCCUCUUUCUCCCCCGCGGCCCGCCGCUGUUUCCGCAGCUGUUGUUGUGUAGGAGGGCUGGGACGGACCCGAUCCUGACGGAUUUCUGGUAGAAAACGUCGAGCCGCUCCUUCCUUCCCUGCCCAGCGCUCCCCGGCAGCAGAUGCACGAAGCGCUCUCCUCCGGCAGGCACCAUGGUCCAGUUUCCUGCGCUGACACAUUACUGGCCCCUCAUCCGCUUCCUGGUUCCCCUGGCCAUCACCAACAUCGCCAUCGACCUCGGGGAACAGGCUUUGAACAGGGGUAUCGCUUCGGUCGGAGUGGACGCUGUGGAGAUGUUAGCCAGCUACGGCCUGGCCUACUCCCUCAUGAAGUUCUUCACGGGGCCCAUGAGCGAUUUCAAGAACGUGGGCCUGGUGUUCGUGAACAGCAAGCGCGACCGAACCAAGGCCGUCCUCUGCAUGGUUGUCGCGGGAACCGUGGCCAUCAUCUUCCAUACUCUCAUAGCAUUUACAGACCUGGGCUAUUACAUCAUCAAUAAGCUUCACCACGUGGAGGACUCGGUAGGGAACAGGACUAGGAAAGCCUUCCUGUACCUGUCGUGCUUCCCGCUGCUGGACGCCAUGGCCUGGACGCAUGCUGGCAUCCUCUUAAAGCACAAGCACAGUUUCCUGGUGGGCUGUGCCUCCAUCUCUGAUGUCGUGGCUCAGAUCGUAUUUGUGGCCAUCCUCCUUCAGAGCCACCUGGAGUGCCUGGAGCCUUUGCUCAUCCCCAUCCUGUCUCUCUACAUGGGGGCGCUGGUUCGCUUCACCAUCGUGGGUCUGGGCUACUACCGCAAAAUCCACGACUCCAUUCCUGAAUCCACCUCGCCCGAGAUGGGGGGAGAUGCCACCAUCAAGAAGAUGCUGAACUUCUGGUGGCCACUGGCCCUCAUCCUGGCCACCCAGCGCAUCAGCAGACCCAUCGUGAACCUGUUUGUCUCCAGGGAUCUCAAAGGGACCAACAGCGCCACUGAGGCUGUGGCGGUCCUCACUGCCACCUACCCGGUGGGUCACAUGCCCUACGGUUGGCUGACAGAGCUAAGGGCGAUCUACCCAGCCUUUGACAAGAACAACCCUGGGAAUAAGCUGGUCGGCGACGCCACUUCGGUGUCCAAGUCACACAUCGUGAGAUUCACAUUCAUCUGCCUGGCACUUUCUUUCACGCUAUGCUUUAUAGUGUUCUGGACUCCGCACAUCUCCGAAAAGAUCUUGGUGGAUCUCAUUGGGGUGAGCCAGUCCUUCGCGGAGCUCUGCGUCGUCCCGCUGAGGAUCUUCUCCUUCUUCCCUCUGCCAGUAACCGUCCGAGCUCACCUGACUGGCUGGCUGAUGACCCUGAAAAAGACCUUCGUCUUGGCCCCCAGCUCCGUGCUACGCCUGCUUGUCCUCCUCACCAGCUUGGUGGUGCUGCCAUAUAUGGGGGUCCACGGCGCCACGCUGGGGGUGGGGUCCCUCUUAGCAGGUUUCCUCGGGGAGUCUGCCAUGGUGGCAGUAGCUGCCUGCUAUGUAUACAAGAAACAGAAAAAGGGAGACCUGGAUAAGGAAGCCGCAGCUGAGGAGGAGGACAUGGCCCCCAUGAAUGAGGCGGGGCCCAGCAGAGCGAGGGAGGAUACUGCUGAUCUGCAGGAGGAAGUCAAUUAGGCGUGUUUAGGAGUGGCAUAGCAGAACAGGGGAGAAGGUCACCCCCCCCCCCUUCAUUACAUCUUUUUAAAUGACGAUCUACAGCGACACCAGGCGCUUGGGUCCCUCGGCAAGAUGCCAUUCUAUACCAAAGCAACACCUCGAACUGGACCUCUUCCAGACACACCUCCUGCACGUUCAGAUUAAACCCAGCGUAGACAUUUUUGUAGACCUUCAACCGCUUGGACAUGAUCAGAUUCCUUGGACUUUGUGACUGUCACAGAGCUGAUUUUAAGAAAAGAAAAAUGGUAACGCAUAAUCGGUAAAAGCGUCUGGUCCCGGCAGCCCCGUGAUUGGUUGACUGGUUCCCCAUUCAGCUGCCUGUCAGAUAGAGGUAAAGCGUUUCCAUGACAUGGGAAUGACAGGAUGUCGUGCUGGUGCCAUUUAAAGGACCUAUUUUUUUAAUCAUAAGGUGGUAGCUGUUCAAAUAUUAUUACCGUUUUUUUCUAUCGCUGAUAUGUAUUAAGUGAGUGGUGGGUGGGUUCUAGUUGCUCUUUGUCCCUUAAAUCCAGUCAUCUCUUCUGAUCUCUGGACAUGACUCCGUGGCGUGCGUGAACGCCGCUUCCCUCACUCAUGGUCCUCUUUGCACGUGUAAUAGUUUUUUUGCUAUUUUUAAUUUUUAUUAGACUGUAGUCGACAGACCCUCCAUCCGAGGGCUGGAGACUCUUCCUUACUGGUGGUGACUCAGAGGCUUGCACAGUGUCACAUGACUUAAGAGAAUGAAAAGGGACACUAAUUAUUCCUCACUGAUUAAAGGGUGAUUUAAAGGUU